CCAGGCGCUGCGCUCCGGCCGCCGCUGCCACCGCCGCGCGUCUCCAUUGCGCGCAGCAUCUGCAGCCGCCGCAGGAGGAGGAGAAGGCGACACCCCACCUCCGCGCCCGCCCGGGACCCGAUCCGAGCCGGCGGGGAUGCGCGGGCUCUGAGCGCCCCUCGCCCUCCGGCCCUCCGCGCCCCCGGGGGCCGGUCUCCCCCGCGCUCGCCAUGGGCAAAGACCAGGAGCUGAUGCAGGCGGUGAAGGCGGAGGACAUCGGGGCGGUGCAGAAGCUGCUGCAGAGGCCCAAGCCGGGCAAAGCCAAGCUCCUGGGAUCAACCAAGAGGGUGAAUGUGAAUUUCCAAGACACUGAUGGAUUCUCUGCCCUGCACCACGCAGCCCUCAACGGCAACACAGAACUCAUCUCCCUGCUGCUGGAGGCUCAGGCUGCUGUGGAUAUCAAGGAUAACAAAGGGAUGCGCCCCUUGCACUACGCUGCCUGGCAGGGUAAGAAGGACCCCAUGAAGCUGGUGCUGAAGGCUGGCUCAUCUGUGAAUGUUCAGUCGGAUGAAGGACAGAUCCCUUUGCACCUGGCAGCCCAGCACGGCCACUACGAUGUGUCAGAGAUGCUCCUCCAGCACCAGUCCAACCCCUGCAUCCUGGACAUUUCGGGCAAGACCCCUCUCGACCUCGCCUGCGAGUUCGGAAGGGUUGGGGUAGUGCAGCUGCUGUUGAGCAGCAACAUGUGUGCCGCCCUCUUGGAGCCCAAGCCAGGAGACAUCACCGACCCCAACGGGACCAGCCCCCUGCACCUGGCGGCCAAGAAUGGCCACAUUGACAUCAUCAGACUCCUGCUCCAGUCCGGGAUCGACAUCAACCGGCAGACGAAGGCAGGCACCGCGUUGCACGAGGCGGCCUUAUGCGGCAAGACGGGAGGUCGUGCGCCUCCUCCUGAUAGCGGAAUCAACGCUCACAUCCGAAACACCUACAGCCAGACGGCGCUGGACAUUGUCAACCAGUUCACGGCCACCCAGGCCAGCAGGGAGAUCAAGCAGAUGCUCCGAGAUGCUUCCGCCGCCCUGCAGGUCAGGGCCAUGAAAGAUUACUGCAACAACUACGACCUGACCAGCCUCAACGUCAAAGCCGGUGACAUCAUCACAGUCCUGGAGCAGCACGCCGACGGCCGGUGGAAAGGCUGCAUCCACGACAACCGGACCGGCAAUGACCGUGUGGGCUACUUCCCUUCCACCCUCGUCGAAGCAAUCAGCAAACGAACAGGUUCCCGAGGGUCUGACGCCAGCCCGUCCCACUUGUCCCCAUCACCAGGCGGAUCCGCCGGCACACCAGCCCCACCAGAAGAGAUCUGGGUGCUUCGCAAACCCUACGCAGGUGGCGACCGCAGCAGUGUGGGCAGCACGGGAAGCGUGGCCAGUGGGCGGAGUUCGGGGAGCGGCCAAAGCACCAGCAGCGGAGGCCAUGCCCCCCUGCACCCGGGCUCGGAAGGUGUCAAGCUUCUGGCAACCGUCCUUUCCCAGAAGGCGUCUGUGCAAGAAUCCGGCGUGGGUGAUGGGCCUGCCAAAGCACUGGAGUCGCCUGCAGGUUCUUCUCGGACGCAUAGUUUGGGCACCUCAUCAUACCCAGGGCAGCCCUACAGCGAGCAGACGGUGAAGAAGGUGGAGCCCAUGUCAGAAGGGAAGAGCUCAGAGGCUGUCUACCAGUGGCUAUACAAGUUCCAGCUGCAGCUUUAUGCCUCCAACUUCAUCAAUGCUGGGUAUGACAUCCCUACCAUCAGCCGGAUGACGCCAGAGGACCUGACUGCCAUUGGGGUCACGAAACCAGGACAUAGGAAGAAGAUCGCUUCAGAGAUCAACAGCCUGAAUAUCCCCGAGUGGCUUCCAGAGUACAAGCCAGCUAACUUGGCUCUCUGGCUCUCCAUGAUUGGGCUGGCACAGUAUUACAAGGUCCUGGUGGAAAAUGGUUAUGAGAACAUUGACUUCAUCACUGACAUCACUUGGGAGGACCUACAGGAGAUCGGCAUCACGAAGCUGGGCCAUCAGAAGAAGCUGAUGCUAGCAGUGAAGAAGUUGGCAGAGCUGCAGAAGGCCGAGUACGUCAAGUACGAGUCGGGGACGCUGAAGAAGAAAGGGGCACCACAGGACUCAGUGGCCAUAGAACCCCCUCAGCAGGAGGCAGCCGAGUGCCAGUCUCCCAAGAUGAAGACCUUCCAGGACAGUGAGCUGAGCAACGAGCUGCAGGUGGCCAUGACGGGCACCAGUGAGGAGGGGGGGACGGAAAAACAGGUCAACCACGUGGGGCACUUCCGUGAAGGGGCGCCGCCCUUCCGGCAUUCCUCCCGCCUCGUCCAUGAGAACAGCCUGAGUGGGAGAGCGAAGCAGAUUAGCAGCUCCCAGGAGCUGCUGGGAGAUGGACCCAAAGCCACCAGCACCAGCAUGUCCAAAAGCCAGGAGUUCCUGGCCGAGGACGGGAAGGAAGGCCCGGCCACCCUGCCCAAGGAGGUGCGGAGUCUCCGGCACGGACACAGCAUCAAGAGAGCCAGCGUGCCACCAGUUCCCGGAAAGCCCCGGCAAUCGUUCCCCCCUUCUGCGGGCCACUACACUCCACCGCAGACACCCACCAAGCCCCGCCCAUCCUCACCACAGGCACUUUCCGUGCCACACGCCACAGCCAAGGUCAAGCCCACGCCACAGCUGCUGCCGCAGUCAGACCGCCCCAUGUCUCCUCGCUCGCUGCCGCAGUCCCCCACGCACAGGGGCUUUGCUUACGUCAUGCCGCAGCCCAUGGAGGGCGACAUCCACACAGCAGGCCCCUUGGCACAGGCUGUGCCUGUGCUGCCUGUCUCGGUGCCCGUGCUGUGCCUGCCGCCUCAAGCCACAGAGGGGGAAGAAGAGGGAGGCCGGCCGAAGAAGAGGGCUCACAGCCUGAACCGCUACGCCAUGUCGGACAGUGAGCAGGAACGGGACGAGCUCCUGGUGCCGGACGCUGUGCCUUACGCCACUGUGCAACGGCGAGUCGGGCGCAGCCACUCGGUGCGGGCACAGUCGGGUGGCGAUAAGAACGUCAACCGCAGCCAGUCCUUUGCGGUGCGGCCCAAGAAGAAGGGGCCUCCACCUCCGCCGCCCAAACGCUCCAGUUCGGCCAUCUCCAGCACCAACAUGACCGAUGACUUCACCAAGGAAGGGGAGGAGGGCCUGGAGCCACCCCAGGAGCACCAGCAGAGGCGGGCAAGCGACUUUGGCGGCACAGUGGACACUGGCAGCGCUGGGAGUGUGAAGAGCAUCGCUGCCAUGUUAGAAAUGUCGUCCAUUGGCGGAGGGAGAGGUCUUGUUCUGCAGAAGCCACCCGGAGCUGGCAAGGGCCCUGACGGCUACUACUUGCAACCUGGCGUCGCGGUGCACCCAGCCAGCCCAGAGCACUCCCGCGUUGCCACUGUCCUGGCCACUGUCAAGCACAAGGAUGCCAUUGGGCCAGAUGGCGAAGUGGUGAACCGCCGGCGCACCAUCAGCGGCCCUGUGACGGGGCUGGUUGCCGCAGCUCGCCGUGAGCGUUCCGACAGCAUCAAGUCGGACACGGGCAAAGAUGGCGGCCCCAUGGAGCGGCUGCGGGUGGAGCACGGUGGAGGCUCCCCGCAGAACAGCUCUGGCGAGAACAUUCCCUUUGCCGAGGAGGGCAACCUGACGAUCAAGCAGCGGCCCCGGCAGAUGGGGGUCGCCAAGGCUGAAGGUGGAGAGGGCUUGUCGCUGGCCCACCGGCACGGGGACCUCUCCAAGGUGGAGGCCAGUGCCACUCUCAAGAGGAGGAUCCGUGCAAAGCAGAGCCAACAGGACAGCGUCAAGUUUAGCCUGACUGAGUCGGACACGGUCAAGAGGCGGCCGAAGUCUAAAGACAAGGAGCAUGAACUGGCGCCACUGUCUAUCUACCAGAACGGCACUGCCACCAUCAAGCGCCGGCCGGCCUCCGAGAUGAGUGGCGCCGAGGCCACAGCCCUCACUGAUCAGCAGGAGAAAUGUGACAAUACCUCAGCCCAGCUCCCUUCAGAAGGCGAACCCAAGAGGCCCAUCAAGCCGCCGGUUUCGCCCAAGCCGGUCCUUCCCCAGAAAGUCUCUGGGCCUCCCACGCCCACUUCCAAAAAGGUCCCGAUUCCUGGCCCCGGCAGUCCAGAGGUGAAGCGUGUCCACGGCACCCCACCGCCGCCCAUCUCUCCUAAGCCCACGCCACCCCCAACGGCGCCCAAGCCUAAGGUCCACGCUGCCCUGCAGUCGGCGAGUGCCAGCUCCACGCCUGCGCCAUCGCCUGCCAAGCAGCUGGCGCCCACCAUCAAGCCUUCGAGCACGCCUCCCUCGCUGUGCUCCAGCCCGGCUAAGCCCUUGUCGCCUGGCGGGGGCCCCCCUCAGACAGUGCCAGUCAAGCCUCCCCGCUCUUCCAUGGCUGGGCCGUCGGUAGAAAUCAUCAGCACAGAGAGCGUGCACCAGAAGCUGGAGGAGACCAGCGCCUCCCUCGCUGCCGCUCUGCAAGCCGUGGAGGAAAAGAUCAAGCAAGAGGAUGAUGGGCAAGCAGCAGAUUCCACCGCAGAAUCCAAGAGCACAGUCAGCAUUCUCGAUGACAUCGGCAGCAUGUUCGACGACCUUGCGGACCAACUGGAUGCCAUGUUGGAAUGAGAGCUGGGAAACAAUCGCAGCCAACCUCAGGAUCUGCCAUGGGCACAAGGGCACAAUCAUCUCCAUUAAGAUCUUCCCUUCCUCCUCUUUCAUCUUUUGAGGUUUGCACAAAGAUAAGGUUACCUCAGGAUUGUGCUGAAACAAACCCAGAUGCUUGGGGAAGGCUUUCUUGGGGCUUGGAGACCAGUUUUGUGGAAGCGGCGAAGAAAAGGAAAGAGGAGCCGCUCUUGCGCUGUUAUUUUUCUCCUUCCUUCCUUUAACACCUGUUUACUUUGGGGAAUACAAGGUGACUUCAAUUCUCCUCCUAAGAAUGAAGCAAAAAGCCGUAUGCCUGGGGCAGGAGCUUCCGUUACCUGCAAGACUAUCUUCAGGCAAAUCUACUCCACUCGGUUAAAUUUGUGUCCCCUCGUUUAAUUUGGAAAGUAUUUCCUGCCCUCACCCCCUUCUCCCAACCAACCAGUCCCCCAGUGUGUUAUCAAAAUGUGGCACAAAUAACUAUGGAGUCUUCUCUGGUUCUUCAUGUUUUCUGUUUGGGGUGGAAUCUCGUCUUAGUGAAACUCUUCUUGCCUUCCAUGUUGGUAUUGUUCCUUGACUGAGCACCGCUGUCCUCUCUCUCCUGUGCUGCUGUCUUGGUUCCUGUGCCCAUCUGCCGUUAUUGGGAAGCGCUGGAAAAGGUGGGGCAGGAGAAUGCCCAAGGGAAGCCGUUGAGUCGAGGAGGCUUUCGGCUAGCUGCAUGCUUCGUUUCUUUGUCCCGAAAGGUGUUCGUCUUCUCCUGGUGAUAAUGAAGCUGUGACUGUAAGAAGUUCUGUUCCGUUAAACGAGUCCCAUUUGAGAAAUAAGCUCCUUUUUCUUCUUCUUCUUCUUCUCCUGUUUGUUUGCCUUGAAAAAAAAAAGUAUUGUUCCUGGCAAGGGCCGCGCAAAAGCUUUGGUACAUUUGCAUGAUUGAUACAGUGUUGAAACAUAAAAAGGGGAAAUGGGGGAAAAGG